CAUUGUUUGACCAAGAUGUCGGCGCCCAUGGAAGUAGUGGUUUGUGCCGAUUCAAGUGAACAACUAUGGAAUUGUGCCGUUUUUGAUCUACAUUCGGGGACAAAUUUACUGUCCUAUCGAGGCGGGAACAGUUCGUCCCGUUCUCUCACUGUCCUAAACGGAGAAUACAUUCUUGGUGCUCAAUUAGGAAAGAAUUUCAUCAACGUGUGGGAGGUGCAGAGGAAGGACCAGCUUCAGCAGAAGAUCGUAUGUCCAGGGAUUGUGACCUGUCUCACUGCCUCUCCUGAUGGACUCUACGUCCUAGCUGGCAUCGGUGAAGCCAUUUACUUGUGGGAGGUAUCCACGGGCAACCUGCUGGCCAUCCUCAGCCGUCACUAUCAGGACUUGUCCUGCCUGCGCUUCACCGAUGACGGCAGCCAUUUCAUCUCCGGAGGGAAGGACAACCUGGCACUCGUCUGGAACCUCGUCAGUGUGCUGCAGGUGGAUCCCACACGCCCCCCAGAGCCUCGGCACGUCCUGUCGCGCCACUCGCUGCCCAUCACCGACAUACACUGCGGACUCAUGGGAACUCAGGCCCGCUUCGCCACCGCCUCACUGGACCAGACCGUUAAGUUGUGGGAGGUCUCGUCUGGGGAGCUGCUGCUGUCCGUGCUCUUCGACGUCAGCAUCAUGUCCGUGGCCCUUGACCCCUGCGAGUACUUCCUGUUUUGCGGAGGAAGCGACGGCACCAUCUACCAAGUGUCUCUCUGCAGCCCUAGUCUAAGUCGGGACAAGACCUUUCAGUCAGACAAUGAAGGGAACCAAGUCUUUAAAGGCCACAGGAACCUGGUGACGUGUCUGUCGGUGUCCAUGGACGGCACUCUGCUCCUGUCGGGGUCACAUGACGAGUCGGUGCGGCUGUGGGACAUCCAGAGCAAGCAGUGUGUACGCACCAUCAACCAUAAAGGUCCGGUUACCAAUGCGAGCAUCAUGAUGGCUCCUGCUAACAUGUUCCUCCCGGAGAGCCGUCCGGCAGUGCCCCUCCCCCGCUUCAGCCGGCACCUCAACCCCACCGAGCAGGGAGAGUCUUCGGCCACCGCCGGCAUGUGCCUGCGCCUGGGAAACAGCGCACAGGAGCCAGAGGAGACAUACUUGGAGAAGGCGGACCGGCUCCACUCCCUGAUGUGUGCCGUCACAGACAAGAGUGUGUUUGGCGAUGGGGAGAACACCAAGGUGCGCGUGUCGGAGCUGGAGGAAGAGGUGAAGACGCUGAAGAAGAUCAACAAGGACCUGUACGACUUCUCCAGCCAGCUGCUCAUCAAGCCCAGCUAGACGCAGCCGGCCCAGCACUGGGCCGCAAGUGGCCCACACAUGUCGCCCGGAUGCCAGCUUCUCUGGAUUUAUUAGUUACAGUGCAGUGCCACCAGGUGAUUUGGAAUAUGUCGCUUUGGAAAGUCGCCAUAUUUUCCAAAUGGCCUGGGGGUUUUUUUUACCUGUCCUGCUGAUUUAACUUGGUGAUUGCCUGGUUGAAGGAUCACCUGGUUGAAUUGGACAGGUUAAACCUAGUUAGUUAGUCAGGCUCUGUGGCACUGGACUGUAACUAAUGAUUCCGGAUUGCCCUGUCAUUUAUCCUCACACACACACAAACACAUACACACACACACACACACACACACACAAACACAUACACACACACACACACACACACACACACACACCAACCAUCACCCAACAGAUACUGUAUGUGAAACUGUAUAGUGAACUGAAAAAGGAAAAAUGAAAGGUCGCACCAUGCAUAGAACACCGAAAUGAUUGAGGAUGAAGGGUGAUGCGUAUUUUGUCUGUUUUUCAGUUAACGCUAAAAACAUUGUAAUAAUUUGAGUGAUGCCUCUGCGUUUACUGUUAUAAACUGUACAGCUACUCAUUGUUACGCCGGUUUAGGAAAACACGUCAUUGUGUUCACACCUACUUCAUCAUGCCUAUCUGUCUAAGUAUCUGUUUCUCUAUCUAUCCCAUUACAUUGUCUUUUGGUUCUCAUGCCAUACAGUAGCUUCUCUCAAGCUCAUUGGAGUCAUAAAGGAUACAAAAACACAAGUUAUUGUACAGGGUAACACUUAACUUGACGCCAGGUGUCAUACGUAUGACAUAACAGUGUCAUAAUAGUGUCAAAACGGUGUCAUGACAGUCAUGGACGAGUCAGAAGCAUAAUGUCAAUGUCAAUAAACAUUUCAUGGUCAUGAAAAGUAAACAUUGUUUGAGCUGUCUUUACCAAAGCUGAAUGUGAAGCUUACUCAAUGGCAAUAUAGUAGGCAUGAAGUGUUUUGACGUUGACAUAAUAUUUAUGACACAUGCAUGACUGCGUUACGACACUUAUGUCAUAUGAAUGACUCCAGCGUCAAGUAAAUUGUAACCAUGACUUUUCUCUAUAUGUGCUGCCGGAGCGAGGACAUGCCACGACUUUCCUUAGAAGUAGAAACCUGUAGAACAGUAUUUUGUUUUUUGCGUAUGGUCUAUUUUUGUAUGUUGUGUUCAUUUUUAAGCCAACUUCAUAAUAAAGAAGAUACUUACA